GCAAAUUCUCUCUCUGUACUUUUUACAGUAUAUAAUAAGCAGUGGUUUAUGGUGAGUGUCAGAGUAAUUUCGGCCAAAUCAAACAACAGAGAUCGAAACCCAGCAUGGGUUUCCCUCUUCUUCUUCUCUCUCUGUCUCUGUUUCUGUCUCUGUUCAAUAUUCAAAUAUUACUGCUACUCGGCCAGGCCUCUUCUGCACCGAAUCUUCACUUACAUUUCAACGCUUCCGCCAUUAACAGCCUGACUUUCAGCUCCAAUUUGUUUACUUCCAGGAAAUGUAAUUGGUUCAGAGGCAAGUGGGUAUACGACCCUUCAUACCCUCUUUACCCCCCUUACUCCUGCCCCUUCAUUGAUCCACAGUUCAACUGCCAAAAGUAUGGCCGCCGGGAUAAUUUGUACCUCAAGUAUCGAUGGCAACCUUUCUUCUGUAACUUACCCAGGUUUAAUGGGGUUUAUUUCUUGGAGAAAUGGAGAGGGAAGAAGAUCAUGUUUGUGGGUGACUCACUGAGUUCAGACAUGUGGCAGUCUCUGGUUUGUUUGAUUCAUGCUUCCGUUCCAAAUUCCAAAUACUCCUUCAUCAGAAGAGAAGGCCUUUCUUCUGUUACAUUCCAGGAUUACAGAGUUACAAUACUGCUAUUUCGAUCACAGUUCCUGGUAGAUCUUGAUAAUGAAAGGGUUGGACGAGUUUUGAAGCUGGAUUCGAUUAAGCAAGGGGAAGCAUGGAAGGGGAUGGACAUGCUGAUUUUCAACACGUGGCAUUGGUGGACCCACAGCGGAAGAACCCAGCCGUGGAAUUACAUGCAAGAGAGGAACGUAUUGUACAGAGAUAUGAACCGUCUGAUAGCAUUUUAUAAAGCUCUAACAACAUGGGGAAGAUGGGUCAACCGCAACGUUGACCCAUUGAAAACCAAGGUGUUUUUCCAAGGAGUUUCACCUACCCAUUACGAGGGCAGGGAUUGGAACGAGCCAUCAGAGUCAUGUUACGGACAGACUGAGCCAUUCUUUGGGGGAAGAUACCCUGGUGGUGCACCACAGGCUUGGGUUGUGGUGAAUAAAGUGCUGAGUAGAAUAAAGAAGCCGGUGUAUUUGUUGGACAUCACCGGACUUUCCCAGUAUAGAAAAGAUGCUCACCCUUCUGUUUACAGCGGCGACCAUCCGGGUACAGAUUGCAGCCAUUGGUGCCUCCCUGGCCUACCUGAUACUUGGAAUUUGCUCCUCUAUGCGGCUCUCUUUGGCUGACUAUACACAGCAGUAAACACACCAGUUAUGUUGUAUUUAUAUUUGUAUUUAGGGUUGAUUCAGUUGGUUGAUUAAAUUACUAGUCGAGCCUCAAAAAGAAAACCCAUUGUUUUCCAGUCUAGGAUCAUUCUUUUCCAUGUUCAAGUGGGGAAUAAGAGGCUCUUUCAAUUGUAAAUCUAGAUUAUCACUCUUGUUGUAGCAUUGGUAUACAACUGUGUUUAAAUGGAAGUAGAAACUGAGUUUGAAA